AUGGCUACUACACUAAAACAAGCGACGAUACAGUCGUUCGAGCCCGAGAAGAUAACUUCUCCGUUGCUGGCAUUCGAACAAUUUGAUCUCCCGUCGAGCAAUCAGCGUGUGCUCGGGCCGCCCCAUCCGGAGGGCACUGUGAUUCCUCUCGCCCUGCGGCCAUCAACUCCUAGCGAUGCGGUGCCUGAUCUUGAUACUGUUAUUGAAACAGUAAAGUAUCUCCAAUCGCAGGGUGGAAUAUUGACUAAGAAGUUGGCUGUUCACGGAACGCUGCUGUUCAGGGGUCUGCCAAUUCAUGAUGCGGAUGACUUUAGCAGAUUUGCCCAUGCCUUUGACGAAAUCAUCGGCAUCGUCGUAGACAGGCCACUCCUCGCCCCCAACGUCGCUCCAGCCAACGAAUCGCCCAAGGAAGUCCUAAUCUACAACCACAACGAAUCACCCCAGGUCCCCCACGCCCCAGAGUACAUAUUCUUCUACGGCGACAAAGCCCCCCAGCAAGGCGGGGAAACCCCUAUAUCCUCCUCCGUCGAGCUCUUCCACCGCGCGCAGCAGGAGAUCCCCGACUUCAUCGCCCAGCUCGCCGAAAAAGGCAUCCUCAGCAAAGUCACGUACAAGACUAACAGGCAGUACGCGGGCGGCUCGACGCUGAAGCAGGCUUUUGGGAAGGAGAUCCGGGACGGCGACGACGAAGCGACCAGGCGCGCUAAGAUCGAGGCGCAGAUCGCGCGGUACGGCCGCGGCAGGCACACCACGUGGGAGUGGACCGACGACGGCGGCGUCGUCCUGACACACCGCCUCCCUGCUAUCCGCACGCAGCCGGGCACGGAUCUGCCCACGCUGUUUACCGGGCUGGCCGCGUACUACAAGAACGUGCGGGUCAACGCGGCUGCCGGGCGGAACGUCACGCAGCAGCUGUUCGGGGACGGGACGCCGAUCCCGGAGGAGUAUCUGGCUGCGCUGGCGAGGAUCACGGAUGAGAUCCGCGUGCUGCAUAAGUGGCAGCGGGGCGAUGUCCUGGUGUAUGAUAACAUCAUUGCGCAGCAUGGGCGGGAGCCUUGGCAGGGCGAGCAGGCUGAUCGUGUGGUUAUGGCUAGUUUGUUUGACGGCCAGGUCCCUGGGGCUUAUAUUCCGGAGGACUGGGCGCAGGUUGUGCAGGCUCUUGAGGGAUAG